GUUACAAAAAAUAUAUAUAAAUACAAUCGUGCAUAUUAAAUUAAAUUAAGGUAUUGCAUAAACCAAAUGUAAACAUUGAAUUAUUAAUCUCUUUUUAUCGGGACUGCUGUUUUUAAGAUGACUUGAUUUUGACCAAGUCCAAAAAGCGAAAAAUAAAGGAUAACAUAUUAUUUUAUAUCAUACAGAAAAAAUUGCUGAUAUACUACUGAGCUUAUAUAAUGCAACGUAUCUUGUGAAACAGCUUUAGUCUAAAACGAAACACGAAGCCAAUUGUUGGUUUUUUGACGUUUAUUGCACUUCAAAAUGACAUCGACAAGUACUUUUGAUUCUAAUUGUAUGACUCUUACGAGAUUUGUUCUUGCCGAACAACGUAAGUUUCCUACAGCAACCGGUGAUCUUAGUCAAUUGUUAAACAACAUACAAACUGCUGUAAAAGCUGUUAGUUCGGUUGUUAGAAAGGCCGGCAUUGCGAAUAUGUAUGGUAUAGCUGGUAAUAUAAAUGUUCAAGGCGAAGAGGUAAAAAAAUUAGAUGUUUUAAGUAACGAGUUGUUCAUUAACAUGUUAAAAUCUUCAUUCACAACUUCCCUUCUUGUAAGCGAAGAAAAUAAUGAUGCGAUUGAAGUUGAAACGGAAAAACGUAGCAAAUACGUCGUGUGCUUUGAUCCUUUGGACGGUUCCUCGAAUAUCGAUUGUUUGGUAUCAGUUGGUUCGAUAUUCGGAAUUUACAAAAAAUUAGAUAACACCGAUAGUUCCAAUAUUUCUAACGCUCUUCAGCCAGGUAGAAAUUUAGUUGCCGCUGGUUACGCUCUUUACGGUUCAGCCACUAUGAUCGUUCUUUCCAUUGGACAUGGUGUUAAUGGUUUCAUGUACGAUCCAGCGAUCGGAGAGUUCAUUUUAACUGAAAAAAAUAUGUCCAUACCAAAUAGAGGAAAUAUUUAUAGUAUUAACGAAGGAAAUGAAAGUUUAUGGGAUACUUCUAUAAAAAAUUAUAUACAUUCGAAAAAGUAUCCUAACAGUGGUAAACCGUACAGUGCACGAUACGUUGGUUCGAUGGUUGCUGAUGUACAUAGGACUAUUAAAUAUGGAGGAAUUUUUUUGUAUCCUUCAACAAAGAGUAAUCCAAAUGGCAAGUUACGUCUCUUAUAUGAAUGCAUACCAAUGGCUUAUUUAAUUAAAGAAGCAGGUGGUCUAGCAUCAAAUGGGGAAAUAGAUAUUUUAGAUAUAGUUCCAGAAAGUAUUCAUCAAAGAUCACCAAUUUUCUUAGGAUCUAAAGAGGAUGUUCAAGAAGUAUUACAGUUCAUAAAGAACAAGGCCAAAUCAUAAAAUCGAUUUCAUUAUUUUAAUAUAAAAUUUCUAAUUGGGUAUAUUUAAUAAAAUAAGAUCUUUGAUAAGAAUUUCUUUGUUUAUUAAUAAAUGCAAUAUUGAAUAUUUCGAAUGAUUUAUUGAAUAACACAACGAACACAUGAAAAUUAUUGUAUCGGACGUAAGUUUCAAAUAAAAAAUUUGUGAAAUUAACUAUUAUUAUGUAUAUAAUAUUGGUGCAUAUAUACCACAUUAUUACAUUUUAUAUUUAAUUACUUAUAUAAGUAUUAUAUAUUUCUUAUGCUAUAUAUCUGUCUAUAUAUAUAUAUCAAACAUUCUUACACAUUCUUCUUGUUGUCAAUCAUAAUACACAUUCAUACUACCUAAACCACUAUAGAAUUCUACAGUAGCAAACGAAUGAACUAUCAUACUAAGAAUUUUUGUAGCACUGUUAACGAGAUAGUUCCAUUUUGUUGUUAAAAUUGACACAGGCGA